AUGGCCGUAACAACUGAAUCUUGGUUCAAGAGAAAUGGCUGGACCAUCUCAAAGGUUAUUUUUCACCUGUUGUUCUGGGGCUUUCACAUUGGUCUCUUCGCUCUGGGAUGGUACCUGCAGGUAUCGAACCCCAAAUUGGCAGCCCUCAAUGUUCUGAACUAUUCAGUCUGGAUCUCGCGAGGUGCAGGUCUGGUCCUUUCAGUGGACUGCACUCUGAUCUUGUUCCCGAUGUGUCGAAACGUCCUGCGAUGGCUCAGGCCACAGAUUAGAUGGCUACCACUGGACGAGUCAGCUUGGUUCCAUCGCCAGAUAGCUUAUGCGAUACUGGUAUUUACCGCCAUUCAUACUGCUGCCCACUAUGUCAAUUUCUACAAUAUCGAAAAGCAGCAAAUUCGCCCGGAGCUGGCCGUCGAGAUUCACUUCACUCAAGCGGGUGGCAUCACUGGCCAUGUCAUGCUACUCUGCAUGAUGCUGAUGUACACCACAGCUCAUCACCGUAUUCGUCAACAAGCGUAUGAGACCUUCUGGUAUGGGCAUCACCUUUUUAUUCCUUUCAUCCUGGCCCUAUACACCCAUGCCACCGGAUGUUUUGUCAGAGAUACCGCCGAUCCAGUAUCCCCCUUGGCAGGAAAGCAGUAUUGGAAUCAUUGCCUCGGGUACGAAGGAUGGAGAUGGGAACUGGUAAUCGGGGGCUUGUAUCUCUUCGAACGGUUCUACAGGGAGAUUCGUGCUCGACGUGACACGGUGAUCACAAAAGUUAUCCGACAUCCUUAUGCUGCCAUGGAAAUUCAGUUCAAGAAGCCAAGCAUGAAAUACAAAGCUGGACAGUGGUUAUUCAUCCAAGUACCCGACGUCUCCAGCACCCAAUGGCAUCCUUUCACCAUCACAUCCUGCCCCUUCGACCCUUACCUCAGCAUUCACGUCCGUCAAGUAGGAGACUUUACACGCGACCUCGGAGACGCGCUCGGAUGUGGUCCCGCCCAAGCCAAAGACCUAGAAGGCCUUGACCCGAACGGGAUGUACGAAGUCGCUCUACAGAACGGCCAAACCAUGCCCUCACUCCGAGUCGACGGGCCCUAUGGAGCUCCCGCAGAAGACGUAUUCGAAAACGAAAUUGCUGUGCUCAUCGGAACUGGCAUUGGCGUGACACCCUGGGCAUCCAUCCUCAAGAAUAUCUGGCAUCUCCGCUCAAGUCCCAAUCCGCCACGUCGUUUACGCCGUGUGGAGUUCAUUUGGGUCUGCAAAGAUACCUCGUCCUUCGAGUGGUUCCAAGCUCUUCUCUCUUCUCUCGAGGCACAGUCUGCCAGUGCCGCCGCCACCGAUGGAAGCACAGAGUUCUUGCGCAUCCACACAUACCUCACGCAACGCCUGGAUGCCGAUACCGCUGCGAAUAUUUAUCUCAACUCUGUCGGUCAAGCCCUCGACCCUCUCACCGAACUCAAGAGCCGAACCAAUUUCGGUCGUCCGGAUUUCAAUCGUCUUUUCACGGCUAUGCGUCUCGGUCUGCUAAAUCAAUCCUACAUGACUGGUCUGCAGAGCGCCGGUGCUACCGAGAUUGGUGUGUACUUCUGCGGUCCGAACACUGCCGCGAUGCAAAUCAACGAUGCGGCCAAGGCUGCCUCUACAAAAGAUGUGCGCUUCAAAUUUUGGAAAGAGCACUUCUAG